CUCGGUGCCAGCGACGUGUGAGGAGGAGCAGGGGUGGUCCUAGAGUGUUCGGAGGGGUAGGCCUCGCGUUAAUCUGUUUAUUUUCUAUUUUUCCGUGGCCUCGCACGCGUCUAACGAGCCGCCGUGUGCGUUCCGUCCGCUCCCGUGGACGUCGGGUGACAUUUCGGUGCGUUUCGCCGUCGAGCGAGACACCGGGGCGCCCCCGCGCUCUCGGCCCUCGGUCGACUCGUCCGAACGUCCAGCUGAUCGAGCUUUGAGAGCCUCUCAAUUCUUCCAGUUCAAACUGAGCCGUUUAGCGGAAGCUGUGUGCGCUUUGUGGACGAAACGACGCCUGUUUCCCCCCCGCGUGUGGACUUUAAGACAAAAAAGGACAUUUAUAUUGUUGUCUUUCUAACUUGGGAGUCGGGUUUUACCCCCCCACCCCACCCUCACUUGAAGAAGGAGCAGGCCCCGGUCUCAUCCCCGGCCUCGCGUGUCCAUAUCGGGCUUUUUGUGUGUGUGUGUUUGCGUGUGUGUGUGUGUGUGUUGGAAGUCAUGGGAGACACCAGUGAACGAAGCAAACCUCCGAGUCUACCUCCCCGGUGUCCCUGUGGAUUUUGGGGGUCCAGCAAAACCAUGAACCUCUGCUCCAAAUGUUUUGCUGACAUCCAGAAGAAGCAGCCAGGUGACGACUGCACCUCCAAACCUAUCCAAAGCACUGGGAGUAGCCAAUCGUCCGUGUUCAGCAGCGAGACGAGCAGUAGCAGUAGUCAGUCUCUAUCGUCGUCGCCGCCCUCCGGCGCCGAGCAGCCGUCGACUGAAGAGCCCUCGCCGACGUGUCCCAGCUCACAGCGGGAAGGCGUGUCGUCCACAGAAACAGCCACAGGCACACUCUCACUCUGCACACCCACAAAACGUCCCAGAGAAUCAGCCUCGGGCUCAGAGAGCGAGGAGACGCCAGAGAAGCGGCCUCGGACAGACGAGAAAGACGGGAGCAGCGAGAGCCGCGGGAUGCCCAAGCAGAAGAACCGUCGACGCUGCUAUCGCUGCCAAACCAAACUAGAGCUGGUGCAGCAGGAACUGGGCUCCUGCCGCUGCGGCUAUGUCUUCUGCAUGCUCCACCGUCUCCCCGAGCAACACGACUGUCUGUUCGACCACCUGGGCCGCGGACGCGAGGAGGCCGUCCUCAAGAUGGUGAAGCUGGACCGCAAGGUGGGCCGCUCGUGCCAACGCAUCGGGGAGGAGUGCUCCUGAUCGGUCACACCACGCCGUGACUAGCCACCCAGUUUAGAGAUGAGGCGCUUACAUGAGGAGGAGGAGGAGGAGG